AGAGCGAGUCAACAGCCUUCUGUGCUCCUUCUUUCCCACAAAAGUGUCCAAAAAAGUUCUCUUUUUCAAGAAAGGUUGAAACUUGAGCCCCACAAGAGGCUACACCCAAGAACUUAAAUUCCCUUCACUCUAUUUUCUCCUUCUUGUUGUCUCAAGGGUUUUCUCAUCCGAAAUCCACUGGAAAGAUACAAUUUUUUGUUCAAAAGUUUGGGUUUUCUUGUUUUUUCAAUUUCCUCACCGGUUAUCUUACCUACAAGACAAGUUGGGGUAUAUUAGUGUAUAUUUAUAUAUGGAGAGAGAGAUAUAGGGGGGGUAGUUGGAGACUAACAACCAACCUUUGGAGAGAGCUGAAAGGGAUAAAUCUAUAGAUUCACACUAGAUCUAGGCUCAGGGGCCCUGUGGGGUUUUUACUGAGCUUUAUACAUGACUAUUUCUUGAUUUUGUUACUAUCUUUUGUUUUUUCUUGAGGUAUUUAUUGUGAUGGGGAUUUGUUUGAGCAACCAAAUCAAAGCUGAGACUGCAUUUUAUGUUGGUUCAGGGGUGGAUUCUAGAAAUGUGAGUGGGAAUGGGACUGAAUCGAGUAACUCGAACAAGCUAUCAUCGGCUUCUGUACCACCCACGCCUCGUAGUGAGGGUGAAAUCUUGCAGUCCUCCAACUUGAAGAGUUUCACUUUCAGUGAACUGAAAGCGGCCACCAGAAACUUCCGUCCCGACAGUGUGUUGGGGGAAGGGGGUUUUGGUUCUGUUUUCAAAGGAUGGGUUGAUGAGCACACUCUUGUGGCGUCAAAGCCCGGGUCCGGGAUGACCAUAGCCGUCAAAAAGUUAAACCAAGACGGGUGGCAGGGGCACAGGGAAUGGUUGGCUGAAAUCAUCUAUCUUGGGCAACUACGACAUCCAAAUCUCGUGAAGUUGAUUGGUUAUUGCUUAGAAGAUGACCACCGGCUCUUGGUUUACGAGUUCAUGGCCAAGGGGAGUAUGGAGAACCAUCUGUUUAGAAGAGGUUCCUUCUUUCAGCCUCUUACGUGGAGCCUGCGAAUGAAGGUUGCCCUGGGUGCUGCAAAGGGGCUUGCCUUUCUUCACAAUGCUGAAACAAAGGUCAUAUAUCGGGACUUCAAGACUUCUAAUAUCCUGCUUGACCCGGACUAUAAUGCGAAGCUUUCUGAUUUUGGAUUGGCUAGAGAUGGGCCAACAGGGGAUAAGAGCCAUGUCUCGACAAGGGUUAUGGGGACUUAUGGAUAUGCUGCUCCCGAGUAUCUAUCAACAGGUCAUCUUACUGCAAAGAGUGACGUAUACAGCUUCGGAGUCGUUCUCUUAGAAAUUUUAUCCGGUAAAAAAGCAAUAGACAAGAAUCGGCCUUCUGGGGAACACAGUCUUGUGGAGUGGGCAAAACCUUAUCUUACCAACAAACGCAGAAUUUUCCGCGUCCUGGAUCCCCGCCUCGAAGGCCAGUACUCACUGACCAAAGCUAUGAAGGCAGCUAACCUCGCACUCCAGUGCCUAUGCAUGGAACCGAAGUUGAGGCCAAACAUGGAUGACGUGGUCAAAACCUUAGAGCAACUACAGGAGGCAAAGGACUCAACGACGGGUGAUAAAAAAGAAAGGAACCUCACUCGAGACAGCCGCCCAAAGGGCCCGUCUAAGUCCUGCCGCGGCACUGCAUCAGAGACGGCCCGAAUGACCACGUACCCCCGACCCUCGUCCUCUCCUCUCUACGCAUAACAGAAAAGAAGCGAGUGCCCGCUCGGGUUGCUAGGUUGCCGGCAGUUCGUGACAAUGCCUAUUCGCUUAAAGAGAUGUAUGUACAGCAGUUAACCUUCCAAUUUAUGCAUGUCAUUGUGUUGCUAGUUUGUUACACGGCUAAGGUUAGUCACAAGGCGGGUGUACCCAGUGCACACUUUCGGUUAGUGGUUGCGGUUUCCCUUUGUCACCAAAAAAAAAAAAAAAAGAAAAAAAGGUGUAGAAUAUUAGCAUGAUGGUUGUGCACGUGUAUGGCAUAUUUUUUGGUACAUUAGUGGGGGAAUAUGUAUAUAUGCUUGUCUAAUGCGCUCAUUUUGUAAUCCUGCAAACGUUUUUGGUGAAUGCACUUCAACUAUUUGCUACAUAUCAAGGUAAUUUUUUUAUU